AGGUACACUUCUCUAACAACCUUCACUUCACUGUUCAUCUUCAAUUCACUACAACAAUGUCACUCUUCGUUACCUUUCUUUUCAUACUUUUUUAUUUUUUUGGGGAUAAACCAAAAUUCCCAUUUUUAAAGUUCCUUGCUUUGUUAAUGUCUUAUCAUUAUAAUAGAAGGGGUUUCAGUAUUUAGGAAUCUCUGUUACUUGAAAUUAAAGAAAAGCAUCAAACUUUAUUAACAUUGCUUCAAUUCAUUUCUUAUAUAUUUUUCCCCCAAUUCAAUAUUUUUAUUGAUUUUCCAUGUUUCUGCAGUAAAAACAUUUGUGGGAAUUUAUAAAAGAUUGUUCUUUUGGUUUUCAUUGCAAAUGCAAGCUUGAUAUUUAGAUAGAUUCAUAUUCUUAGGGUUUGAAUUUGAAGUGAAGUAAGAAAUGGGAUGUUCUCAAUCAAAGUUAAAUGAUGAAGAAGCAGUUAAGAUUUGUAAAGAUAGAAAAAGAUUCAUAAAAGAAGCUGUUGAGCAUAGAAUUCAAUUUGCAAAUGGACAUAUAGCUUACAUUCAGUCUCUUAAAAGGGUAUCUGCUGCUUUGCUUGAUUAUUUUGAAGGAGAUCAGGCACUUCAAAUCUCAUUGGAUUCAUUCAUUCCUAUAUCGAAAGAUUCGACAGCUCCAACAACAAUUGAGUUUGGACCUAAUACUAUGACUUUGAAAGUGAAUUACUUAAGGCCGAGCGGUAAUCCACCGAUUUCGGUUGAGGAAAAGCCUCCAUCGCCGGAAACGGUUCGAGUUGAGUCGUAUUCUCCUAUACACCGAUAUGGUGGUGAUGGUUUUUUUGGUAUGCAGUCCUCGCCUAUGAAUGCGUCGAUUUUCGCUUAUUCUCCGAAUAACAGGCCUGUUAUCCCUCCACCUUCACCUCAAUGGGAUUCCUUUUGGAAUCCGUUUACAUCGUUGGAUUAUUAUGGUUAUCCUAAUGGAAGUAGCCUUGACCAGAUUCUUAUGGAUGAUGAAAACCAAGAACUGAGGCACGCCCGAGAAGAAGAAGGAAUACCAGACCUGGAACAGGAAGAAGAAGGUUUUUUUGCAAAGAAAAAUGUAGCAGAAGAAAAAACCAAAAUUGAUGCAAACACUUCCAAAGAAGAAGUCACGGUUGAAGAUGUUGAUGAAGAGAAGGAAGAGAAAGAGGUGCGAACAGAUGCUGAAACCAAAACUGCACAUGAAAUAUCAGACUCACAAGUCGAUGGCAGUGAGUGUUUUCAAGUAUCAAAAGCUCAAACUUCAGGUCAUAUGGAAUCCAGUCAUCAAGAAGUGGCAAUUGAUAAUCAAGAAGCUAAGGAAGAAACACCUGGUUUUACUGUUUAUGUAAGCCAAAGACCGACAAAUAUGGCAGAAGUGAUAAGGGACCUUGAAGCUCAAUUCACGGUUGUUUGCAGUGCAGCCAAUGAUGUCUCGGCAUUGUUAGAGGCCAAGAAAGCUCAAUAUUCAUCCACUUCCAAUGAACUUUCAGCAUCAAAAUUGUUGAAUCCAGUAGCUCUUUUUCGCUCAGCUUCUUCUCGCUCGUCCCCGUCAAAAAUUAUAACAAAUUUUUCAAACAAUAGGGAUGAAGUUUAUGAUGAUCCAUCAGACGAAAAUUGUGUGUUUUCUGUUAGUCACCAGUCAACAUUAGACAGGUUAUAUGCAUGGGAGAAGAAGCUCUAUCAGGAAGUCAAGUCUGGAACACGUGUUCGACUUGCGUAUGAGAAGAAAUGUCUGCAACUGAGGAACCAUGAUAUAAAAGGAGAGGAACCCUCUUCUGUGGAUAAAAUAAGAGCAACCAUUAGAGAUCUACAUACACAGAUAACAGUUUCAAUACACUCAGUUGAAGCUAUUUCCAAGAGAAUUGAAACUUUAAGGGAUGAAGAGUUGCAUCCCCAGCUUCUUGAAUUGGUGCUAGGGCUAGCGAAGAUGUGGAAAGUGAUGGCAGAAUGCCAUCAGACACAGAAACAAAUCAUAGAAGAAGCCAACAUUCUUCUAGCCGGCAGCAUUGAUGCCAGAAAACAGUCUGCUGUGUCGAUAACUGAUCCGCACCAGCUCGCACGCUCAGUCUCCAAUCUUGAAACUGAGUUGAGGAACUGGCGAAACACAUUCGAGUCAUGGAUCACUUCUCAAAGAUCCUACAUUCAUGCACUAACUGGCUGGCUUCUCCGAUGCAUGAGAUGCGAGCCUGAUGCAUCAAAGUUAGUAUGCUCUCCUCGAAGCUCUAGCUGCACUCAUCCGUUGUUCGGACUUUGUGUUCAGUGGUCAAGGCGUCUAGAUUCCGUACAAGAAACAGCGGUGCUUGAUGGCAUCGACUCAUUUGCAGCUGGCUUAGGAUCCUUCUAUGCACAACAGCUAAGAGAAGAUUCUACACAAAAUGCAAUAGUUGGAAACAAUGGGAAUAUGGAAAUGCUGGAAGUUGGUAAAGUAGGAGAAGAAGUGGUGGAGGUUGCUGUUAAGGUACUUUGUGGUGGAAUGUCAAAUGCUAUGAGCUCAAUGGCAGAGUUUGCUAUUGAUUAUGCUAAGGGAUACAAUGAACUUGUUAAACAAUGGGAGAAUGUUAACUUGCAGCAAAAUUGUGAGGCUGCAAAAUGAAUGAAUACAGAUGAUUUUUACUAUUUUUUAGUUAGUUAGUCAGUUAGUUUAGUUUAGCAAUGGGGUUAGUGAAUAUAAUUUAUUUAAGGGAGGGAAAGGUUUUGUGUUAAUCUCUUUCCCUUGGUAGAAUUUUAUUAUUUUCCAUUUAUUUAUUUUUUAUAAUUAGGAGAAGGGGAAACAAGGAAUUUUCAUGUAAUUCUCAAGACCUUUUUUUUUAUUAGUUCCAAUUUGGAGGAUCUUAAAUAUUGAAACAAGAGAAAGAAACUCAAUUUAUUUACAUUUUCA